AUGGCAUCUUUCAUAAUACCAUUCAAAGCCCUGUUCUUCCUUAUAGUCGUCCUGCAUCAGUCUCCCUCUGUUUUUGCUUCUUCAUCCUCCAUUGCUGCAAAAGAAACGGAAACUCUUCUAAAAUGGAAAGCUAGCCUUGACAACAACACCCAAACUGUGCUCUCGUCUUUGUGGGUCGGCGGCAGCCCUUGCAACUGGGUCGGAAUUACUUGCGACAAGGCUGGAACCAUCACCAAUCUAAGCCUUCCAGAUUAUGGGUUGAAAGGUACACUUCAUAGUCUUAACUUUCUGUUCUUCCCUAACCUGGUGUGGCUUAACCUUCGUAACAACUCACUCUAUGGGCCCAUUCCCUCACACAUUGGGAACCUUUCCAAGCUCACCCACCUUGACUUGUCAUACAAUACCUUUUCUGGGAAUAUUCCAUCUGAAAUUUGCUUAUUGAAAAGUCUUGAGUUGAUUUCCUUAGCAAGUAAUGAGAUCAGUGGUUCUAUUCCACUAGAGAUAGGGAGACAGAGUUCAGUUUCCGAGAUCUAUUUCUUUGAUAACUAUCUACGUGGAAACAUGACGAAGCUUGUGGGGUUACAUCUUCAACAUAAUCAUUUAUCAGGGCCAAUUCCUUCAACGCUCAACAAUCUUACUCAUUUGCAAUCAUUACGUUUAGCAUAUAACAAUCUCAAUGGUCCAUUACCAGAGAAUGUAUGCCACGGUGGACUCCUCGUUAAUCUUACAGUUAUCAACAACAAUUUGAUGGGUCAUAUCCCAACAAGUUUGAAAAAUUGCAAAAGUUUAUACAGAGUUAGGCUUGAAGGAAACCACUUCACAGGAAAUAUAUCAGAAGCUUUUGGUGAGAUUCCUAAGGAACUGGGAGCAUUGACAUUGAUGUUCCGUCUUUUGCUAAGUGGUAACCAACUUUCAGGCAAAAUUCCACCGGAGAUUGGGAUUCUAGAUUUGAGUCAUAAUUUGAUUAUUGGAGCGAUACCACAACAGCUUGGGGAAUUACACUCCUUGGAAAUAUUGGAUCUUUCUCACAAUAUGCUCAAUGGUUCCAUCCCAAUUUCUUUCAAUGAUUUACAAAGCUUGACUGUUGUGAAUAUCUCUUACAAUCAAUUAGAAGGCCCUAUUCCCAACAUUAAGGCAUUCCAUGAGGCUUCAUUUGAUGCCUUAAGAAACAAUAAUGGCCUAUGUGGCACAACUUGGAGAUUUUUCACAGUGCGGGGAUAUAAUGGAAGAAUACUCUAUGAGAACAUUAUUGAAGCCACUGAAGAUUUCAGCUCCAACAAUUGCAUUGGUUCAGGAGGCUAUGGAGCUGUUUAUAAAGCUGCACUACCCAUUGGUGAGGUGGUUGCUGUAAAGAAACUUCACCAAUCUGAAGAUAGCAUGAUUUCCAACAACUUGAAAGCCUUUGAAAGCGAGAUUCAUGCUUUAUCAGAAAUAAGGCAUCGUAACAUUGUGAAGCUGUAUGGCUUUUGUUCACAUCCAAAGAACUCAUUUUUGGUUUAUGAGUUUGUAGAAAGGGGAAGUUUGAAAAUGGUGUUAAGGAAUAAGGACACGGCAAUGGAGUUGGAUUGGGAGAAGAGGCUGAAUGUUGUAAAAGGAGUGGCCAAUGCCUUGUCUUAUAUGCAUCAUGACCAUUCACCACCUAUAAUUCAUCGAGACAUUUCCAGCAAUAAUGUUCUUCUGGAUUUGGACUAUGAGGCUCAUGUCUCAGAUUUUGGCACAGCCAGGUUUUUAAAGCCUGACUCCUCCAAUUGGACUUCACUUGUUGGCACUUUUGGGUACAUAGCUCCAGAGUUGACUUAUACAAUGAAGGUAGAUGAGAAAUGCGAUGUCUAUAGUUUUGGAGUUCUAACAAUCGAAGUUCUUAUGGGAAGGCAUCCUGGUGAUCUUCUAUCAUAUUUAUCAUCAUCCGCGUCAGCAUCAACAUCAGCAUCGGUACCUAAUGACCUACAAAUUUUACUUAAAGAUGUGAUAGAUCAACGUCUCUCACCACCAAAAAACCAAGUUUUAGAGGAUAUAGUCUGUACUGCAAAGAUAGCAUUUGCAUGCUUGAAUAGCAAUCCCCAACUUCGGCCAACCAUGCAACAGGUUGCUCAAGCCCUUACCAGUCAAUGGUUUCCAUUUCCCAGUCUUUUCAUGAUCAUCAAAUAGGGAGAACUGUUGGUCAUGGAGUUUGUGGCCAACUAGAUGCUAACAAUUUGGAUAAUAAUUCUUGGUACGAGUUUCAUUGUUAGGGAGACAUGUUUUCCAUGAUGAUUGCAUUGUUAGGGGGAUUUUCAAAAAUUUUGCAAACUUCUUUACAGUGUUUAAAAUGAAGAGAUAAUACAAUAAACAAUCUUGCUUUGAUAUAAUUGUAUAAAAUGUUAUGGCAAUCGAUGGAUGAAUGCAUU